AUGUUCAAGAAAGAUAUCCCACCAAGCAACCGCUCCAAGGUCAAGUCCUCCGCAGCUCGCGCCUUGCGGCAAAAGCUGCUGGAGACUUACCCCGGUUUCGAGCCCUACAUUGAAGAGAUCAUGCCCAAGAAGGCCUCUCUGGAAGCUGUCAAGCUCCCCGAACGCGCAACCCUCUACACAAUAGAAUCAACCCCCCUCUUCUUCCAACGUUUCGACGACCCUCCAAUCCCCCACCUCCGCCUAAUCCACGCCUACCCCACCGCCCUCCCAACCAUCCAAAUCGACCGCGGCGCAAUCCGCUUUGUCCUCUCGGGUGCCACACUCAUGGCUCCCGGCCUGACGUCCCCGGGCGGCCGCCUGCCUGAUGCAGAGCAUGCGCUUGAGGCGGGACAGGUCGUUGCUGUUAAGGCCGAGGGCAAAGAGGAGGUUUGUCUUGUUGGUGCGCUCAAGGUGGGCACGGAGGAGAUGAAGAGUAAGGGGAAGGGGGUUGUUAUGGAUGAGGGGCAUUAUUUGGGGGAUGGGCUUUGGAAGAUGCAGUUGGAUUAA